AAAACAUCUCCACCCCGUCGGUCCUCCCACUGCAACAUUCUGAUCCCCUUCCCCUCGUCCCAUUAUCCGCUCCUCCCGUCGGCCCGCCGCCAGUGGCCGACCUCGCAACAAGCGGCACCGGCGGCGACGACGACGAGCUGCGGGGCGAGGCUCUUCGUGCGGCACCGGCGGGGACGACUGAGGCAUGCGGAGAUCCAAGGGAUCAGGACGGCGGCGAGCUGCAGAAGAGCGGAAGCUCGUCCGGAUGGCGGAGGAGGCGGCCGCAGCGAGCUCGAUGCAAGCGGCGGCGGCGGCGGCGCUGGCCUCCCUCCACCUCCCCCCUCCAGAACCGGCAGAAACUGACAACCAAGAUCGGAAAUUCUUCGGGAGAGGGGCACGGAUAAAGCGCAAGGCGAAGCGGAAGUGGGGCUUCGUUGGCGGCGAAGCGGGCGCGGUGGACUCUGGCGGGCUGCGUCCCCGUCUUAGUCAUCGCCGGUCGACCUGCAGGGGAGGAGUUGGAUCCAUGGAUGAAGUAUUACAUGGUGAAGUGGGCAUCAGGAGCCGUUUCAGUGCUGGGAGGAUUCGAGAGAUCAUGCGUGGUCUGACACCCCGGCAGCAGGGGUACGUUGCAAAGUAUGGAUUCGAGCAUUUCAAUCGUAUCGGGGCAUUCUCUGUUCAUGAGCCACUGACCGAGUGGAUCAUGGGAAAAAUUAACCCCCCGUUCUCUGAGUUCAGAAUUAAUGCGGACAAGACAAUAGUUUUCAGCAAGCCCCUUGUUCAGAAAAUUUUAGGUGUACCUACAGGGGAAAGACCCUUUGUACUGCAUGGGCAGAAGUCGGACAAAAUCAAAGAACUACGAGAUCUGUACUUAAAUAACGGACUAAGGGCAACCAUCCCCCAUUGUGUCAGUUUGCUUAAGAACAAUGAGGACGAGGAGUCCUUCAUGAGGACAUUCCUGCUUAUUGCACUGGCGGCUGUGCUCACCCCCACCACUGGGAAUACAAUAGACCUUGACUACCUGUGGGCCUUUGAAGAUAUGUCAAAGGUGCAGGACCUCGAUUGGGCAGGCCAUAUCACGGAGCAUCUGAUGGACGAGGUUCAGAAAUUUCAGUACAAAUCUAGGGAGGAGAAGAUGAGAGACUUCUGGGUUGGCGGGUGCUUGCCUUUGCUCACGAUUGCUUACAUGGACCACUUGGAUCUCCCAAGAGGGCGAAUUGUAGACCAUGAAAUUAACUACUCGGUGCCUAGGAUCUGCCAUGUUUCUAAGGAUGAUUUCCAGUUUGCUGCAAUUGCUGACCUGCAUCGUCAACAUUUCAAGUUUGCCACAUUUGGGAUACUUCCAUUCCGUGAUAGAACACCAUACACUGAUAAUCCGGUAACCGAUACAGAAGUAGCAGAAGAUGAUCUUCGUAUUCUCUCGAAUGAUCAAGUCUUAUCAGGGCAAUGGGAACUUGUAGAAGUACACGAGGAAAGAAUAGACGAACUUGUAAAAGAAACUCAACCUGAAGUCCUUGGGUUUGCAGAAGCGAGCAUCGAUCGUCCCCGUCCUGGAAGAACUGAUAUCGGCUCAAAUCAAGGAACUAAAAAAUCCGCUAGUUGCGAAAGGGACAGUUCUAGCCAUUGUAGGAAUACUGCAAAGGCAGCUGUGACACCCUCUUCGUCUGAGAAAUCAGUAGAAGACAUUGCUCGAGAAUACGAAUCUUCAGAGUCAGAUGAUCAUCCGACACCUCCAGAAGCUGAUUAUGGGGUAAUAUUCAGGAGUUUUUUAUCCGGAACACAAAUGGAGAGAGUAAACAUGCUUAUCCACAAAAUUAAACCUGAAACUAUUGUAUUCGUGGCUACCAUGAGGAAGUGCGAUGUUCAGCUACCUACUCCUCUUCUGAUCAUUUCGAAGGAACGCUCGUUAGCCGCAGCUGCACACUUUCCGCACGAAAACGGGGCUGUCACACUUCAGAUGCCGGGCAAGAGCGAGAAGUGGAGGCCAAGAUUCUUCAUAGAAAAAGACAAUUGCAUGCUUGCGGGUAAUUGGUUAGACUUUGUAUGUGACAACCAAGUGCAGGCGGGCGACAUAUGCAUCUUUGUACCGGCAAAGGGUGGGGAAAGGUCCACAUUCACGGUCCAUAUAAUUCGUGCAGAAGCUACUCAUCGUAGGGGUGUUAAAAGGGUUCGAUCCAGCCAUGAUUCUCCGGUUGGUGUGGAAGGAAUGGCAAAUCCAGAUGCCGUUUAGGAAUGGCAACCGAUGGAUGCUCGCAAAUGGUCGGAGGCAAGCUUGUCCAUGGCAACGGUCUGUGUGCUGGGACAUGUACCUGUUCGAACUGAAGAAAAGUGAGGGGUAGCACUAGUUUGUAGUAGAGCAGAAUGGUGGGACAUGGGAGCUAGCACCCGCAUGCUCUUUCUGUUGGUACUUUGUGUGUCUCUGGGAUGUUUUGUACUAUGAAAUCAAGCUAUGGCUAACUCUCUGAUCAUAUACUCCUAUGCAUUGUUGGUAGUAAAAACAAAUGGAUGCAUGGGAUACAUGUAUCAAGGUUUCCUUUGUUAUCUUUGCAAUCUAAUACUCCUAUGUAUCAGACUAGAGCUUGAAAUUCUGUGGUUUCUCCGUUUUUA